AGCAUGAAGGCUGGUAUCUGCGAUCAAACGACAGAUUACAUCAUGUCGGAGAACUCUUGGCUGAUGUUCACUUGUGAGGGUUACAAAGUCAACUGUGACAACCUUGAAGAAGGUUUCCUCAAGUCCAAGCUUUUGGUUCUGGCUUUCAAGGCCAUCUUUACAUCACCUUCUUCUGCGAAGGAAGCUGAUGGCGAUGGUGAUGGAGCCGACAUUCUUGAGAACACCAGGCGUGCCCGGCAAAAAUCAGAUCAUACUAAGGUAAAAAUGUGCGUUGCCUUGAUCAUCAACAUGCGAAAGGUCACGCCUCGUGCCAUCGCAUAUGUCAUUUGUCAAGUACGUUUCACUCUAUCAGGUGUCUCAUCAUGGCGCACCAUGGACAGCGACUUUGAUUAUGAAGUCUUC